AGGCUUUUGUUUUUGUUUUUUUAUUUUUUUUAUUAUGCAGAAAGUAAGCAUUUUUCAUCGCAUCACCUCCAUUGCAGAAUGGACCGACAGGAAGAAAACACACUUUCUGACUCCUUCCGCCGGCGAAUCGGUUCAUACGUGUUACUUAACCGAUUCAUUCAUCGAUUCUUUGGAGAGUUGCUCAUCACUGUGCUUUAUUGAAGGCAGUAGUUACAAUAAUGUAACAAUAAUGGCAAUAGUCGCAACCAACAGCGACAACACCUGCCACCAUCGGACCAGCUUGGUUCCUAAGGUUCCUCUUGAGUUUUGCUGAUGGCUAACUGGUUAUGUUUCCUGUAAUGAUGAGAAUGGUCUACAGCCAUGGAGAGACAAAUACCCAGAUUUGUGACUGUAUUUAUUCUCUUGGCACUAUCAGGGUUUAUAAUACUCGUCUGCAACAUCACAUCUCUAGAGAAGUUGAGUGGACAGGUUAUAUCCACCUUCUACCAAAUACAGAAUAGCAUCCACUCAGCCUUUAAGUCCCCUGGAAGCUUGUGGCCACUAGAGUUAAACCACACAUACUGUGCACACUUUGGCCAGGAGCCCUCAGCAGAAGAGGCGAAUGAAGAGAGAUAUCUGCUCAGCUCCAUUGCCUGGCCAGGCCCGUUGGUGCAAGGCUUGCCUGUGGAGCUUAGCAGUGACCCUUCAAAGAGCUACUUUGUGAUUCAGGGGCCAGCAGAGCAACAAAUAGGUGGUCAGCUUGUGGUUAAUGUUCAUGUGCAGAACUUUCUGGGGCUGCCUAAGAAGCAUGGUGGAGAUUUCAUUAUAGCUCGGCUACAUUCACCUGAACUUGGCGCUGGCGUUGUGGGGCAGGUGCAAGACCAUCAUGAUGGCAACUAUACAGUGCUGUUCCCACUUCUUUGGGUUGGUGUAGCUUGGGUUGAAAUAACCAUGGUACAUCCAACUGAGGCAGUGGUGGUGCUCAAGAGGUUGCAAGAGGAGCAGCCAAACCGGGUGUUUUUUAAAAGCCUGUUCCGCUCUGGCUUCCUAUCAGAGACCACCGUGUGCAACCUGUGCCUGCCACUCAACCAGCAACCACUCUGCAACUACACUGACCCUGAAACUGGAGAGCCCUGGUAUUGCUACAAACCCAAAAUUCUUGGCUGUGACAAACGAAUAAAUCACUAUAAAGGGGGCUAUAAGAAGAACCUCAUUACUGAAUAUGAAGCACAGUUCUUCCAGAGUGAUGUAAAUAUUAAAGUUCCUAUACACGCAUCAGGAAUGGACAAUGUGACUGUAUUACCUGCAGGAAAAGGUCUAGCCAAGUUAAAAAACAAUUACAAAACUGCCGGAUUCUACUUUCACAAUAUUUGGAGGCCUUUGCAUGGUGCAGUCCUCCAGCAGUUCAAUGAUUCCUCAAACAUAACACAGUGUCUUAGAGGGAAGAUUAUGUACAUGCUCGGAGAUUCCACUGUGCGACAGUGGUUUGAAUACCUCACUGCUUCUGUUCCUGAACUGAAGGAGUUCAACUUUCACAGCCCUAAGAAUGUGGGGCCAUUUAUGGCUGUGGACAGCAAAAACAACAUUCUGGUGAGCUACCGCUGCCAUGGGCCACCCAUCCGCUUCACCUCAGUGCAUUCCUCUGAACUGCACUAUGUAGCAAAUGAGAUAGACAGGAUAAAAGGUGGGCCAGACACAGUGAUUCUCAUGAGUGUGUGGUCUCACUUCAGCACUUUUCCUAUUGAAGUAUAUAUACGGCGCCUACGACACAUCCGCAAGGCUGUGGUACGGCUGCUGAACCGUGAGCCAACAACUUUGGUGAUGAUCCGCACUGCCAACCUGCAGAAGCUUGAUCCAGAGAGCAGCUUGUUCAACAGUGACUGGUUCUCCCUGCAGAUUGAUUCUGUUCUGCGUGCCAUGUUCAGAGGACUCAAUGUGCAGCUGCUGGAUGCCUGGGAGAUGACUCUGGCCCACCACCAACCCCAUCUUCUACAUCCACCUCCUGCUAUUAUCAAAAAUAUGAUAGACAUGAUACUGUCCCACAUCUGUCCAGUUGGAAAAAAGAGGAGGAGUUAACAAAAGACUAAAAUAAGUGGCAAAGGUGAGGGUUUGACAUUAAAGCAUUUGCCACAAUUCACAUUUGACUCACGGAAUACUUAUUCCACAUUAAUGAAUGAAUGACAUUCUGUCUUUGUUUACAUUGGAAAGUAAAUAACAAGCUAAUCACUCAUUUCAUAAUAAAUUAAGUAAUUGUUGAGGUUGA